GCCGCCAUCUUCCCGUCCCGGGCAGCCAGCGCCAGUCGGAGCCAGAGCGAGCCGCCGCCGCCAUCACUGCCGCUGCCAAAUCCUCCGCCCGUUUCCCCCGCCAUGUCGGCUACCGCUGCCACCGUCCCCCCUGCCGCCCCGGCCGGGGAGGGUGGUCCCCCUGCACCCCCUCCAAACCUCACCAGUAACAGGAGACUGCAGCAGACCCAGGCCCAGGUGGAUGAGGUGGUGGACAUUAUGAGGGUGAACGUGGACAAGGUCCUGGAGCGGGACCAGAAGCUGUCGGAGCUCGAUGACCGUGCCGAUGCACUCCAGGCAGGGGCUUCCCAGUUUGAAACAAGUGCAGCCAAGCUCAAGCGCAAAUAUUGGUGGAAAAACCUCAAGAUGAUGAUAAUCUUGGGAGUGAUUUGCGCCAUCAUCCUUAUCAUCAUCAUCGGUGAGUGGGGCAGGAGUGGCCAGGGCCCUCUCCCUGGAGAGUUUUCCCUUGUGGAUUCAGGGUUUUGAAGGUCAUUAACCUAGUUUGUACUCUUCAACAAAAGACACAUGUUGAUGCUAAUGGCAGUUCUGAUUCAACUAGAGCUGAAAACCUUGAUGUUGUGUCACUUCAUUUUGCCUGGUUCUGGGCAAUUUGUUGAGCUUGGAAACAGGGAAACUGAGUUGGUCCUCAGUACUCCAUUGAGAACGCUAUGGACCUAAGAGCCCAUUCUAGGAACCCUGGAAUUGGGAAGUAAGAGACAAGAAGGGCCCAGGGGCUGGGAACAUGACCAGGAAGUCAAUUAUCCCCACUGAAAACCUGCCACUUCACAAGCCCAAAAGAAUUAGGGGACUUUGGCCCAAGGCUACCUCAUAGAUUUGAAGAGACCCUGGGACCCACCUCCCCCAGCCUCUUUGCUUUACAGAUGAAUGAACUGAGGCCAAGAGAGGGAAAAGGACAUCAGCCAGCUGGGAAAUGGGGAGGGUUGGAACAGGGCCAGUCUGACACACUGCUUUCUUUCUCUCUCUCUCUCUCUCUCUCCCCCCUCUUCCUCAUCCUCCUUCUCUUACCCUCUCUCCACAGUUUACUUCAGCACUUAAAUUCCCGAGGAGUCUGCCCUGCCUAGAGAAGGGCCUCUCCCCUACCCCCCGCCGUUCCUCCACCUCUCAGCCAUAUCUUUCAGCCCCCAUCCCCUGGAUCCGUGUGUGUGUGUCCGUGUGUGUGUUCCCCUGUAAAUAGCCAGCUGUUAUUUAUACAUAUAUAAUAUUAUAUAUAUUUGGUCUGUUUGUAGUUUUAUUACUAGAAGAUUUUUCCGGUUGUCCUUAACACCACUUCCUGAGGUUUCCAUCACCUCUCUCCUACCUUCCUUUUCCCUCUCUUCCUGAUCUGUCCCAGAUUCCUUCAUUUGCAUCUGCUAUGCAAUAGUCCCUCUCUUCUCCUUCCCUCGGAUUUAAAUUGACCCUCCCCAGCUCACCUCCCCCUAUUCAAUCCCCACCAAAAAUAGGUAAAACACACCUGUCCAGGCCUCCUUUGGUGCGUCUUUGCAUCAGUUGGGAGGCUCUGAGACUGGCCCCACUUGGUCCUAAGAAUCCCAAAGUCUUUUGGGAGCUUCCAGCAUGUUAAUUAAUGUAUCAUUUGCAUACCAACAUCCUUUUUAGUUUCCUUUUUUUGUUUGUUUGUUUCAUCUUCUCUCUACCUGUUUUUUUUUUUUUUUUACUGAGGAAUUAGUCCCAUUGGUCCUUGUAUCACACUUUCAUUUGCACGACAUUACUUGCAGGUGGUGGGGAACCUGGGAUUUGGGGGAACCAGGCUGCUCUGGCCCCCAGAAUUGUCCCUUCCUAGCCCCUCUAGUCCAGUUUACCUCUCCUACCUCCAUUUUCCAGACCUCUUGUAUCCUUUGCUCCCUCCCCCAGCUGGUGUGUAAGUGUCUUGGAGUUCAGUGUGUUAUGAUGGACCAAUAAUUCUGCCACUUGGGGUCUCUCCCUACAUUCCUGCUCCCCAGUUUUCAUGUGGGGGCACUUAACUGACAUUCCCAUGGGGUUUUCCUCCCUCCCAUCUGCCUGAUCCACCUCCUCCUCCCACCAGGAGAGUUGGGGGUUGGCUACAAUCUGAUCUCUUUUGGGAGGGGUGGCUACCAGUGUAUGGGGGAGGGGGUCAUCACUGCCUUGCGGGAGGAGUGGGAAAAGGCAGAGAAUCCCCCCAGUUCCUGCCUGAAACCUCUAGCUUCACCCGUGUUAGAGGUUGGACUGAAAUCCUGCCUCCUCAAUUUGGGGGAUGUUGCUCCCAUCACUGCCCAGCUCCUCUGACUGCCACCCUGUAUUCAGGGUGGGGAUACUAGUCACUGCCAAUGUGUGGAUGGUCUUGCUGGAUGAUGGGGCUCCUCACCCCUCUCCAGGGCUGUUGAGCCCAGAGAGAGAGAGAGAAAGAGAGUGAGAGAGAGCGUGAGAGAGCGAGAGAGCUGUCCUUUCAUUAGGUGAAGUUAUAAGAGGAAGAAGGGUCUAAUGACUUUUUACUAAAUGGCACAGUUUUAGGGGUUUGAGGGUGAAGUCCCUUAACCUACCACUGGACGGGGCCCCCAAACUCUUUAUCCCCCCACACUGUGUGGAGGGGGAGCAGGGAGAUUUAAACUGUUGUGUGAAAGGGUAGGAGAGAUGCUGGGGGUGGGGGUGCUGUGUUCUAGACCCCCCAUAUUAUCCCAGUGUCCCCUGCCUUCCCUCUUUCCCCACCCAUACCCCCAAUUCUGUGGCGCAUCCAGAUUGUGAAAAUGUACAAUAAAUGUGUAAUGAGUAACUAA